CGACGGUCCCUGAAGGCAACUGCAGAGGAGGAAGGAAACCUGGCAACGCUGUCACAAAGCUAACGUUAUCCGUGUAAUGCUAAGGCAUCUGAACGCAUCAGCUUUGUCAACAUGCACUUAAGUGUUGACCGAGGCGGUUUACCAUUUGAUCUUUACUUCGUGGCGUCCUCAAAAGCGUGUUAACAAAAUUUACAAUGGCAUUUUCUAACGAGCCAAGCUAGCCUAACCGGCAGACGGUUCUCUUCGUCGUAGUCACAAUCAAUCGACCAGCUAACCAGAACGAGUUGUUGUUAGCUUAAGCUGGCUCGGUGAAUAUGGCGAUUGUGUCUGGUUCAUGUGCUAGGGUGAACGGGUCUAGAAAUGGGCCGUCUGUGUCCGCAACACCUUCUGGAUCCGUCGGACAAUCGCAGCCCAUGAUAGCGGUGUGGGAAUGGCAGGAUGACCUGGGAUAUUGGCGGCCUUACAGCGGCCAAGUGAGCGCCUACAUCGAGCGGUGCCUGGCACCGCGGGGCCAGAGAGGAGGAGGACCCGGCUCAACGAGCAUCUGCCUCGGACAAUCAGACCCCAGCCUGUCGCCUUAUCUCAUUGACAUACCGAGCUUGAAACAGUUUCGACAGGACACAGGAAAGACACGGUCAGUACGGCGGUCCCUGUUUGCCCAGUCCUCAGGCCUCGGCAGUGGGGUUUACUGGGAAUGGGCCAACGAUGAAGGAGGGUGGACUCCAUAUGAGACUCGAACAUCUAUCCUUUUGGAGCACAGCUACCAGGCCCGCCAAGGCACGGCAGACUUGGGCCCGCAUGGAUACAAUUACAUAGUGGAUCUCACAUCUCUGGCCCAAGUUAAUAAAUCUUCAGGCUUCAGACGGCAAGUCAGACGGCAGUGUAACCUCCCAUACCCACUGGCUUCCUCUGGCCCCCCAGCCAUUCCCUCGGGCCCUGCCUGCUCCUGCCAGCAGUGUCUGAACCACAGCAGCACAGGACCCAUGCCCAGCCGUUCACGGCAUUCCUUCUCAUCAGGCAGUCUGAACCGGCCCAGCCUCCAAGGGACAGGAAGGGCUGUGGCUGCUCACCCCACUUCUGUCUACUCGCCGUACCCUAGGAGACCCCUCUCUGUAGGGGGCAUGUCCUGGGGCAGCCCCUGGCCUCCACCUCCCUCUGGUAGUCAACUGUCUGCACCGCUUCUGACCAGCUCUGCCAGUGCCAAUGGGUUAAGUGUUCCUUCCAUCUCUGUGCCGCUGAAUGGGUCCACCAGUGUAAGCUCAGCCCUGGCAGGCAUGGCCUCCAUUUUGAUGUCAGCAGUGGGACUCGGCGUGCACUUCACCACUGCCCCCCUCCCUCAGCAGCAGCAGCAGCCACAGCAGCAUCCACAGCAGCAGCCACAGCAGCAGCAGCAGCCUGCUCCUUUCUCUCUUCCUCCUCCUGUCCUCCCCCCAGCCAGCAGACCCAGCAAGCCCCACAGCAGCAGCAGCAGCAGCAGCAGCAGCAGUUCAGUUAGGAGAGCAAAGAGGCAGCACAGGAGAGCCUCAGCUCAGAGACCUGACGAGGUGAUUCAGCGCUACAUGGAGGUAGUGGCUGGAGUCCCGGAUGAGGACUGCAUUAUCUGCAUGGAUCAACUGUCCAAUCCAUCCGGCUAUGAGACAACGUCCACAGAGGAGGGAGGCCAGAGCAUCCUGCCAGACACUGUGGGGAAAUUCAUCAAAUGUGGACACACCCUGCAUAUGCUCUGCAUGCUGGCCAUGUACAACAAUGGAACAAAGGACGGCAGUCUGCAGUGCCCCUCAUGUAAGACGAUCUACGGAGAAAAGACCGGCACCCAGCCCAAAGGCAAGAUGGAAAUCUACAGCAUCGCCCAGUCGCUGCCAGGCCACCCAGAAUGUGGCACCAUCCAGAUCAUCUACAGCAUACCACCUGGCAUACAGGGCCCGGAGCAUCCUAACCCAGGACAGCCGUACAGCUGUAGAGGCUUCCCUCGCUUCUGUUUUCUACCAGACAGCGACAAGGGCAGGAAGGUGCUGGAGCUGCUGAAGGUGGCGUGGAUGCGACGCCUCAUCUUCACCGUGGGAACGUCCAGCACCACGGGAGAGCCCGACACGGUGGUGUGGAACGGCAUCCACCACAAAACAGAGAUGAUGUCCAACUUAUCGGGCCACGGCUACCCCGACCCCAACUAUUUGGACAAUGUUCUGUCUGAGCUGGCCUCUCAGGGCGUGACCGAGGACUGCCUCAAACCUCCCAGCAGCAGCAGCAGCAGCAGCAGCAGCUAGGUCACAGCUCCGAGCUUCACACACUUCCUCUCACUGCUGACCACUGAGUUAACCCUUAAAAAUCCACCUCUUGCCAGGUGGACACCCCUGCAACUUCUGUGUUGUUAUUAAGUUAAUGUCAGCAUCUGCCCAGAUCUCAUUGAGUGAGCAAAGGAGGAGAAGUGUCCUGAAGCUUCUCUGGAAGAAGAAGUGGAGUGCUUGCUGAGAGUAGUUGCUCCAAUACAUUCCCUCUCAUCACCAUAUUCCAGGGACUCCUAUUACUCUUUCUCAGACUGGAGAUUGUGCUUUGGUUUUGUUAUGUGUUAUUUUUUUUCUUCUAUCAAGAGCCUCAUCUGUAUCCCCUUGUCCAGUUGCCAGAAUGGCAGCUUACAUCCGGGAUAAAAAUCUUCAUAAAUCAUAAAGCACUUUAGUUCUGACGGUAUAUUUAGCUGACAAGAUGUGUGAUUUCCUGGUAAAAGGGCAGUUAACUUGUUUUCAAAUUGGGAAGUUAUGCAAUUAAGGUGUUUCCGCUGAAAACCCGUGUGUUUAGCACAAGGACACUGACACAUCUAGUAGCAAAGUGAGUAUAUAUUAGCCUAUUUGAUGAGAAGAGGCAAUACUUAACUGAUGUAAAUAAAAAAUAACAACAUGAAUGAAACGAGAUAUUGUAAAAAAGAAAAAAAGAACAGGUUCUGUCCACAAGUGACAGUCGAGGAGAAUAAAGUUGUGUAUUAACAUUUAACUCUACUUCUAAUUUGAUCAUGUGUUAUAUUUUAUUGCCUAACCUAAUUUGAAAAGCAGAUAUGUAAUGCACUCACAUGUGAUGAUUUUUCAUGUUGUAAAUUUGCAGUAUGUAUGUCCACGGGCAUUCGGCAGGCAUCGUUUUUGUCACUUAAUAUGUUAUAGUUUGUGUUGCCAUGUAUGUGAGAAGGGACAGGGUUACAUCAGCUAUAGCUUAACGACCUCAAUCCUUUUGUCCAAACAGAUGGGAAGGACCGCUGAGAGAAAAAAAAAAAAAGAAGCUUAAGGUUAAGAACAUUUUACAGUGUGACAAUCAAGGUCAUCGAACUCGUCUUGAUUAAACAAGACACAUGAGGCCGCAGCAGGCAUGUUAAUGUUCCCGCGGGCCACAAACUCACUUUCUGUAUUCACAUGCAUCAUUCUGCUCACAACACUGCAGUACAGUUGGUGAACUGAGUCUUGACAUGUAUACAAGUAAAACUGAAAAAAAGUCUGCAAUAAAGGAAAAAAAGGCAAAAUGAA